UUAUUAAGCUUUACCAAAGCGGAUAUAUAAAUCGCUUCGCGUCGUUUAACGAAACAGGGUGAACUCCCGUAUGUUAUUUAAGACCAUGGGGCCAUACUAAUCUAUAUGGGUUGAAUUGAACUGUCUAGAAAUUGAGUUCCUACUAUAUAUUCAAUUCUUCGUGGAAGCUCUUGUUAAUUAUAUUAUUCUUUUUUUUCAUUAAACAUGAAUUCUGAUGGAGAUUGAAUCGUCCACAAGGAAAAUAUAUCAUAAAUCUUCCUUACAGGUUGUAGGACAUAGGAAAGGAUCUUGUCUCAAGCUAAGCGCGUCUUCUGAAAUUCAAUCCACUCAUUUUUUGUCGUUUACUACGAUAAACUGUUUAUGAUGAAGCAGGUUUUGAAGUCUUUUAAUGAAUUAACUCUUAAAGAGUUGCAUUCAAUUUACUAUACAAGGAUACAAGUGUUUGUUGUUGAACAAAGAUGUCCUUACCAGGAUGUUGACGAAACGGACUUGACAUGUGACCAUUUAAUGCUUAAAGACGAUGAAGACAAGUUACUUGCAUAUGCGAGACUCAUCGGCGAGCCAAAUGGGUUCCGAAUUGGACGAAUAGUCGUUUCUCCUAACUUCAGAAGACAUGGUUAUGGACGCUUAAUAUUCCAGGAAGCUUUAAAUGCUGGAAAAUGGAAAUAUCCAGACGCAAAAGUCGUAAAUAUCCAAGCCCAAGCUUAUCUCAAAGCAUUCUACGAGUCUUUUGGGUUCAUGAUCCAUAGUGAUAGUUACCUUGAGGAUGACAUUCCCCAUUAUGAUAUGAAGUUGAUGCUCCAAAGUACAGUCUCUUAAUAAUAGACGCGUUUUACACUUGGUGCGUAUGGGCUCAGGGGAUUUGCCAUUUUGCGCCGUUUAUCUUUCUUGUUCUUUUUCUUUUCGUACUCUUAUACAUUCUAUAACACAACUUCGACCAUCAGACGUUGACUUUCUUUACUCAUUAAGUUACUUAGCUGUAUUUUGACAAUAACUUCUUGGAUCGUUUUGAAAACACCCUUUACGAGUUUGGUCAGUUUUUUUUUUUUUUUUUUAUUCCCGGAAAGCUUUCUUUUCAAAUAUAUAUCAACUUAUAAAAUGACAAAACCAAGUUCCUAAAUUUUGAAUUCUCAAGGGUAUGCUGCUGUGAUUCUGAUUUACUUUGAGUUUUCGAGAUCCACCGUUAUACUCGCAGCUAGCCCAAGCUCCUUAUUUCUCCAAAAUCUAAGUCAAAAGAAGGGAAUCAUGAUUUCAGUAAUUAGUUAUUGAUAUUUCCUAACGAGCCUGAACAUGAUGCUUCACAUUCAAAGGCCAAGGCCAUGUUUAGGACUUAAAAGCGUGCAUAUCAAUAAGGCUCGGUUUUUUCAUAGAAAAAAAAGAAUAAAGCUGAACAUCAGAAUGAUAGAAAACAAUCGUUGGGAAAAAUUUCGACGGCGAUACUAAGGGUAGCUGACUCGAAAAUCAAUCUUUUGUUCAUCCUAAACUUUGAAAGCUACACAUCCAUUCAAAGUUUAAAAAAUUAGAUUCCUUUAAUAAUUUUAAUCAGAUUU